UAUUCCAUUGCCGACUCCAAGCUCACAGCCACAUCUCUGUGUCUGCACGUUGCUGUUUUUUCUCUCUCUCAGUGCAGCAGCAGCAGCUGAAGUCUAUGUUCAUUGCUAACCUGAUCAACCCAGGAUGUGGCUUCUCUGUGACAUCACACCCAGAUGUUUUUCCAGGCCACGCCCCUAUGGGGCUCUGAAACACUCAGAGGAGCAAUAACGGGGAAAGCUUAUUCUACUGUCACAAUGCAAUGGACGGGUUAGAGAAACUGCAUUUUUGUCAUUUCAUUGCACUCUAGAAGAUCAGCGUUAAUUCCCACUUAAAGCAACAAGCUGCCAGAGUUAGGAUUUGCUCUUUUUUAUUUCACUGGACUUUAAAUGUCUUUUCUCUUUAGUGACAAGCUGGGUGAAAUCUUCACAAACAGAGUGCAUUUAGGAUAGCUGCUCAGUCAGCCCUCGCUUCUACAAAGGGAUCCUAAGAAAUAGGAGGGGAAAAAAGUCUGCUUUUAUUUUAUUUUUUUUUAAAAAGGGAAAACGUGCAAUUUUUUUUUAAACACACCUAUGAAAAAUGGCAACAGCAGCAUACGUGGAUCAUUUUGCAGCCGAGUGCCUUGUUUCUAUGUCCAAUCGUGCUAUUAUCCACAGUCCCAAAGGGGAUGCAGAUCCCCGACCUGAUGCAGCAGUACCUCCUCCUCUAUCAAAUGGAGAAAAUAAGCGGGAAGUGAGAGAGACCGGGAAAGACAAUGGAUCGUCGCUGUUUGUGGUGGCAAGGAUUUUAGCAGAUCUCAACCAGCACGUCCCAAACUCUGCCACCAUUCGAAUGGAAAAAACAGAGAGCAUCGAUCACAGGGAAAAACUAAGUCCGUCUUUUCCUCCUCAGUUUGGGGAGGAAAGUGUCUCCCCAACCAGCAAGCGUGGAGAAGGAAAAGCAGCCACACCUACUAGCCUGGCUGCAGUAAGCGAGCCAAGCCCCAAACAAAGGAGCAGACGGGGAAGGAACCGGGCUGACCCCGAGUCACCCCAGAAAAAGCACAAAUGCCACUACGUGGGGUGCGAAAAAGUUUAUGGCAAAUCUUCCCAUCUCAAAGCUCAUCUAAGGACCCAUACAGGAGAGAGGCCUUUUGAAUGCAGCUGGCAAGAAUGCAACAAGAAGUUUGCUCGCUCCGAUGAGCUGGCCCGUCACUACCGCACUCACACUGGAGAGAAGAAGUUCGGCUGCCCUCUCUGCGAGAAGCGGUUCAUGCGCAGCGACCACCUGACGAAGCAUGCCCGUCGCCAUGCCAACUUCCAUCCCAGCAUGCUCAAGAGGCGGAGCGGCAGCAGUUCCAGAACGGGUUCUGUCAGUGACUAUAGCCGUUCGGAUGCAUCAAGCCCCACCAUCAGCCCCGCCAGCUCCCCGUAAACUUACCUGCACUGGAUGUCAGCACUUUGCCUCUGACGCUUAUCGUGGAGUUGAAUUUGUGUUGCACACAGUUUUAAAACUGUCGCUUAUUUUGUUUUGUUUUUUCAAAUCAGUAAGUAGCUGCCUCUCACUGCAACUUCAAAAACAAGAACUCUUCACCUUGCCAAACAGGUGGCUGGUCUAACCUCACGGACAGACGGAUCUUAAUGUCCCACUUAGUGGCUCCUGCUGCCUCAAUAUUUCAUGUUUUACAGCCAAAAACAGAUGCUCUUGAUUGUUGUUUAUAUAUAAAAACCCAGAAAACCUUAAAAAAACCUAUGUAUAAUUCACCUCAGGUGUCCGAGCAGUUUUGAGAGAUCGGACUGCACAACACAAGCAUACAUACAGUUACAAUUCAGUUGUGUUGGGCUUUUCCCCCCGCCCCCUUCUCCUUUCUCAGGGAUGGCUAUUUAUAUUACACAAUAAGUACAAUGAAGACAUACCUUUGCCACAACCUUACUCAGUAAAUAUAUUUGCACUCAGAAGCAUUUUGUUGGUUUUUUUCACACAAGUGGGGAAAAAACAAACUAGUACUGGAAGUUAGUGCCAGGCUCUUUUAUUGUUUGAUUUCAGUUACAUCCUACCUUUGGGAGGCCAACUUUUUCAUGUAGUGCCCUUUGCUUUUGAGAGCAAGCAAUCCUUUCAUUUCUCACCGCAGAUGCUCCAAAAACCAACUUCCCGUUGCAAAAAUCUUCCUGUCCGAGUUGGAUAAACUUUUCUUUUUAAAGCUAGAUUAACUUCCGAGAAAGAUUUCUAAAUGAUAUGCCUUAAUCAAAUAAUCUAAACACAAGGAAACACAUUUACACUGGGUAACAGCUUUUCCAGCAAGGUGGUAUGGAAUUUUGGAGGCAUUUUGUCUUCUGGCUCUCUGAGUUAUAAGAUCUCUCUGCACUGCCUAUCGAAUAUGGGACCAACGAAAUAUUAAAGCAAACCACAUUGACUUGAACAACUUUCUUUUCCUUUUUUUUUUUUAAAUAAAAAGAACUGAGAAAAAGUAGCUGAACCAAUGCCCAUCAAAACCUUUAUCAAGGUACUUACCUACUGUACAGCUGGAUGCUACCACAAAGAAAUUGCUUAAGACAAAGUUUCUGUACACUGUUGCAUCAUAACUGUGGUCACUGAUAAAAAGGAAACAAAAAACAUGCAUUUUAAAAAAUGUGUUACAAAAAUGGUGUUUUAGCUCAAAAAAUACUCCAGGCUUCUCUGUCACCUGUAGAGCAGCAUUCUAUGAAGCAAUGUCCCCUUCACCUAUGAGACCUUGUAUAUUAAAAAGGGGCGUUUAGAUUUUUCUAUUAUUUUUUAAUACUAGACCACUUUAUCAGGUAUAUAUCUGUGCUUUACAAAUGGUAUAUAAUAUAGCAAAGGACCAGAAUAUUGUGAUGUCACAGAGACCUCAUUGUCAGAAAAUACACUUUGUUUGGAUUGGCUGGUUCAGAUGGUGCAUAUGAAAAAAUUCAGGUGCUUUUGGUUUUAGAUUUUUUUUCACAUUACUGUAAAGAAUAAAUGCAGUCAAGUGUAGCACAAUGAAAAGAAACUCAAUACACCAAACCUGCUGUUUGAUAUAAAGUGAAUGCCUCCACAUUCCAAAGGAGUCUUGAUCCAUAUCUUACUUGCUGCUUUGCAUUGAUCCAAUUUUACUAGAUUUUUUAAAAAUUUUGUACUGUAUAUUAACUGUGAGAGGCUAGUACAUUAUAGAUUUGUAAGUAGUUUCAUAGGUACUUGCAUACCAUUUACAUUGUUGAAAUACCAAGCGCUCUUUCAGUUGUAAGUUUGGUAACUACUUAAACACAGGUUAAAGUGCAGAUAUUUCAGUAUUUUUGUGUAUAUUUGUUUCAAACUUCACCUUUACAAAAACAAUUUUUUUCUAUUGAAUUGUAAAAUCACAUAAGGCUGGACAUUCUGGUUUCAUAUGAUGGAUGGAAAAAGCCUUUUGACAGAAGUCCAAUUAUUGUUUAACUUGUGUGAUGAGUUGCCUAAAUACUGUCGGUUUAGGAAAAGCCAUGUUCAUUUACCUCCCUAGUUACAACUGUUGUAAUCUCUUCUGAUAAAAUACACAACAUUGAUAUUUUAAUAUAAUUCAGGUAGCAGGAAUUCACUUUCCAAUAGCUUUUGCAGCUCAUAAAAGUGCUUUUGUGCUGUAGUUAGUAAAGAGAUAAUAAAGACAACUAGCUUAGAGAAUUGUACAGGUCAGUUGUGCCUAGUGCACACACUUAAAACAAUUCAUUAAGCAUAAAAAUAUUUCUCUCAUCAUAAAUAAAUCUGACUGUAGGGAUAAUGAUAAAGGAAACAAAACUGAAAACCAAGGAUGAUUACGAAGUACUCAUUAAAAAAGUGAUGGCCUUUA